GUGCGCCAAAGGGCACGAAGAAAAGGAGAAAAAGAAAGAAAACCAGCGCGGCGCGGUCGCCGUACCUGCCUGCCCUCCGCGGAGACCGUUGCCCGCUUCGCCGUCCCGGCCAGCCCCCAAUCAAAAGAGCAGAGCCCCCCUCUUCUCCCUUCUCCCUCCCUCCCUCCCGUCCCGGGCACUUUCCCAAAUCGACCAGGACUCGGGGAGCAUGGCGAGGACCCUCGACGGCUGCUACUCCGCCAAAGACGUCGCCUACAGCUGUGGAUACUGUGGCUAUGCACUGAAUUUGAGCUCCUCGACACGGAACACGGCCAACAUUGGAUCAAAGUACGGGAAGCUGAUCAGGAAAGGUGUCGUCUCAUUCUUCGCGAUCGACGAGAGCCGGUUCACGCAAACCGACGAGGUGAGCUGCACGCCAUACUUCCGCUCGAGUCGUUCCUGGGGCUUCUUCAGAAAGAGAACACGAUUGCUCUGCCGCAAGUGCAGUGGCCAUAUCGGUAACGCUUAUGACGACAAGGACUCUGCCUUGUAUGAUACCUUAGAUGACACACUCGCGAGCUCAGAGGUCAGCAGCAUGUCUAGUCGAAAGAAAUAUGUUAUCAAGAUCAAUGCACUACAGCCCUCAUCCGACGACUCCGGUGUUCCAUUCUCUCAAUGACAGCAAUCUGAACUGAUGUAUUGUGUGCCUUGAAAAGCAUGGUUGCUCUACUCUGUGCCGGACUGGGAUGUUGUGAAUCGGAGCUUUUCAAGGGAACUUGCCAUCUCUGUAGCUCUACUCUGUGUACAUGUAUACUUUAAACAAAAGUGCCAAAUUUUGGUUGUGUUGAUAGUACAAACUGAGAGGGUCUUUUUGUUGUCUACGUCGGUGCUUGUGUGUCUAUCUCUUCAGCGUGUUUGCAACAUGUUUGCCAUAUUCAGUCGCCUCCCUGUAUCAGGCAUUCAGUCUCAUAAAGGCGUUCCUGAAGUUGUUCAUGUGGGAGGGGGCCAAAGCUGUUGGCGUCGAAGGGAAAAAUAUAUUGAGAUACUGUGAAUAUUGUCUAUCAAAAUGAUGUAUCUUCAGUUUAUUUUCUAAUAGAACGACUUCUUUUAUACACAAAUAUACUUCAAAGCCAAACAACAAGAAGGACCACUAAUUCGUGUGAAUACCAAUAUCAAUCUAACUUGGUGUACCUUUUACAUCGCUGUUCUGACUGGAUGAUGGUUUUGUAAUCUGCAUCAUGUCUUCUCAGGACAGAUUAUUACUCCGUUAUUUGAGCUGGUUUGGAUAUCUGAAUGUAAUUCAUAAGAGAUCCAAUGCAUCAUUGCACCCCUUCCUUUGUUUUCAUUGUUCAGUUUUUCACUUUUUGUUGACACCUCACAAAUGGAAAUCGUUUGAAUACAGUGAAUGAGACAUACUAAAGCACUGGCCUUGAACACAUCAGGUAACUGAUUUCCGAAGGAUUUGCAGUGAAUCAUUGUCACUGUAAACUCAUCCACAUCCUCCUUUGAGAUAGCAAAAUGAAGACGGCCAAUUCCUCUGAAGGAUGUAGUUGUUGCUGCCACUGCAGAAGGGGGUUUCGCGUAUGUGUAUUACUAGCAAAGUCUGCACAUGGAAUCACCGUUCAAGCAAUUGGAAAGGUUUCUGAGUAACUAGAAAUCGAGAGAGAUAACGCAGAAAUGAUGAUUCUGAUUAACUUACAGUAGCAGUUAACAGUAACCCCAUCAUGAAUCGGUAGCUGUGAGAGUUUCAGAAUAAUUUUUGCACAGCUGCAACUCUGCUGAGCAUAACAAAUCAAUCUAAGACUGGAUGUAUGAUAUGCAGACAAAUUCCAUCUCAAUUACAGCGCUGCACAACAGAAGGAACACCAAUUCGGAUGUUCAUGAUUCAGCCAUAAACAAUUCUUGCGCAACCAAGUACAAUUCGUGAAGGUCUACUGGUAAAAUCUAGCUCAUAAGCGCACACAAGUUUGCAUCACAGAAGAAACAGCAAUCGCACACAACAGAGAUGCAGCAGGCCACCAGCGAGACAAAAUUCAGAAACACGGUAUUUGCACAGACAGGGGUUUGAUUUCCAGCAACAUAUGCGAAUAACUUUGUUCCACGAUUCAGUUCGAACUACAGAGCAUACAGAGAACUAAACAAGUCGCGGUAUCAUCAAACUUUGGGGAUCUGCA